AUGGAGAAGCCCUCCGGCGAACUCCGAAGUAUUAGGCCAGCAGCAAUUUAUGACCGCAAACGUGCGAGCACUGCCUGCUCAGUCUGCCGUGCUCGAAAAACGAAAUGUGACAGUGAACGGCCAGUAUGUGGCUUCUGCAGAGCCUCGGGAGGCAAUUGUCGCUACCCUGAACCAGAUGCCUCGAAACUGGAUCAAGGGAGCCUAGAAAUUUUGACACGAAUUAACCAACUUGAGCAGACUCUUAAAUCGCAUAUCAGUCAGGCGCUUAACUCCAAGCCGAACACUUCUAUCAGAGGCGCAUUUCUACCCAUCAGCCAGCUACAGGACAGGAGCUCAGGGUAUCACAGUACCAGCCCUUCUAUGCUGCCGACUCUUCUGGAAUCCAGCGGGGCUUCCGAACAUGUGCAAUAUCACCAUCAAAUUGGCCAACUUGACCCAGUGUCUCAACCCUUCAAGAUCGGCAGCACCACUCUACCCAUGGAUGUGCCACCGUCGACGGAGAUCCUCUCCCAUGCAUCCGACAUGUCACUUGAGGCAGUAUUGAAAUGGCCUAUCUUCUUAGGACUACUUCCGCAUCUCGCUACAGAACUACAUACCCCUACUACUGAAGUCCUCGCAAAGGACGGCCCCAUCGCGACAGUGACUGAGCAAGAUAUCGACAUGGCACUGCAAAACCUAAGACCAGGGACUCUUGAUCACCUGGUGGAUAAUUUUCUCGCCAACAAUAACAUCAAGAACCCGGUGUUGGAUAGUGACACUCUUCGCACCUAUGUCCAAGAGUUCAAUAUGUCUAGGCCUCAAUGGGAUGGAAAAACUUGCUUAAUCUUGCUCGUCUGUGCUAUUAGUGUAAUAUCCAACUCCCUGGAGCAAGAACUUGAACCAGGCGUUUCAAAAUCUGAUGAGCGGCUAAAAAUGGCAGAGGCUUACUUCCAAGCAUCUCAGCGCCGGAUCGGCAUGUUGCACCACGAGAACUCAAUCCUUGCUGGACAGUGUACUUUCUUGACGGGCGUCUAUCUUUGUUCAACGAAUCAGAUUAUCUCGGGUUGGAAAGCCUUUGUUCACGCAUCAAACCAAUGCCUUGCCUUGCUUCGGUCAAAUGGCCGGCUGCAGCCGAAAGAAAGUCUUUUCGGCAAGAGGGAUGAGCAGAUGGAUUCGCAUGCAAAUAUCGGGUCUCAAGACGUUGCGUCACAGAGAUAUGUGGAGGAAAGUCUCUACUGGGGUUGCCUCAAAAGUGAAAUAGAGGUUCGUUUCGAGCUCUGCCUUCCGGGUUCAGGACUAGACAGAUUUGACUAUCCAAUUGUGUACCCUUCGCCUCCUGUCAACUACCACCAGGGCGGAGCUACGACUGAGGACUCUGCAUAUUCGACAAUGACACCUUUCGUCUGCAGUGGCCAUAAAGACCAUCACAGUAUUGAGAUUGGCUGGCUGUAUUAUUUAGCAGAAAUUGCGACCAAAAGGAUUCGAUCCAACGUAUGGGCUGAAAGCUAUACCAUACCGGCAGUCCAUACAAGCUGGGCCCUUCAGCUAGAUAAACGCGUAACAGAGUUUGAAUGGCAGAUCCAGGAAUGGUACAAAGCCUUGCCCGAGCAAGUCAAGUUUCCAAUCGACCCAUUAAUUCCCACACGGAGUAUCACCAGAUAUAUCCUGCGGCAUCACAUGUUUGACAUUCAGGAGGAUGUACGCUUUCCCGCUAUUCAAGCCCUCUUGGGCUCCUCAUUUUCGAGUCAGGAUCUUAAACAGCUCUCCCCGGUAUUAACCAAGCUCUCCCGCGAGUUCCUCUCAACUGCCGUGAAUCGCAUCCGAGCCUGUAGCGAAUGCUUCUACCACCGCCACCAUGGUCAGUGGUUUGGCAUUCGAGGCCUUGGCCGAAAUGCACUACAGAUAUUAGGCAUGGCCUGUAAGUGCCGUCAGGAUGUGGGAGAUGACGAUGGGGUAGAGUUGGAGAAACAGUUCCUUCCCCCAGGCUGGAAUGACGCCAUUCACUUAGCUCUGACCUAUUUUGAGUACUGGUCCAACGAAUGCGCUGAUGCACGGAGGAUGGGAAAGGUUAUCACUGAACUUUUACGUGUAUAUCAGACUUUAGCACAUUAUUAG